AUGGCUUCAAAACCAGAGCAGCUGCUGAUUGUUGUUUCAGUUCUCGAAGAUCAUGUGACACUGAAGCGCUUUGACGGAGAGACGUUGGCCACAGACCCCGUCGAACACAAAGAGCAGCCGCCGUUCUGCACUGAGCUGGCCUGGGAGCUCGACCGCAAGACGCUGCAUCAGCACCGACUCCAGAGGACACCCAUCAAACUACAGUGUUACGCCGUCGACUCCGGCACGUCUGCGAGGGAGUGUGUGGGAUACAUCGUCCUCGAUCUCAGAUCACUGCAAGAGAUCAAGCAGGCUCCUAAAUGGCAUCCUUUACUCAGUAGCAAGUACACGAAACUGAAACCUGCUCUUCUGAUCAGCAUGAUCUUAGAGAACGACACCAAACCAACAGCUGAGCAGUUCAAGGCAAAGAAAGCUCCACCGAGGCCAGGCUCUCCGGCGCUGGUUCCUCUGGACUCUGGUGAACUCAGGCCGGUUCUGAACGAGGAAGAAGGCUUUCAUCAGAUCGGACCUGAAGAUGUCUGCGCCGACAUGUUUGUGCUGUCGGUAACGGUUGCGUUUGCUACUAAACUGGAGCAGUUGAUCUCCAGCUCGACUAAGCUGUCCAGCGAGGGCGCAGAGUUCUUCUUCUAUUACACUCUGUUGGGGAACGACGUCACCAGCGAACCUUUCCAGAACCUCCUCAGUCCGAACUUCGAGCCCGAGCGAGCGUCCGUCCGCAUCCGCAGCAGUGAGCGAGUCCUGCGGCUCUUCCUCGCACAGCAGCCCUGUCUGCAGAUCCAUCUCUGCUGUGGAAAGCAGUCUCUCGGCAGCACUGACGUCAGUCUAGCCGGGUUAAUGACGAGCAGCGCUGAUCUGACUAAACGUCCCGCUAUUAUAGAGGGCGCUUUCAUCCUGCAGCCCCUGAACCGAGUGAAGCCCAGCCUGCGGUGUGUCCCGCCGGACCUGCAGCCGACUGUGAGCGUGUCUGUGACACUGAGAGCCGAAGAUAUCAACAAUCAGCUGGAAGUACCCAUUGAGAAUGGACCUAAAACUCCAGUGAAGAAAGGCCCCGUUCCAGCCGCCCGUCGUGAACGUCCCUCAGAGGAGCCCAGAGCCCUUAGGACCCCAUCACCGGACCGGCCUCUCCGGUCUCCAGACGCUUCUCCUGAGCACCAGCACUCUGAGAGCGAGGCCGAGAGUCUGUGCAGUGAUAUCAGACAGGCCCCGCCCACAGCGCAUGACAGGCAGGCCCCGCCCACAGUGCACAACAGACAGGCUCCGCCCACAGCGCAUGACAGACAGGCCCCGCCCACAGCGCACGAUGCACCUGUUGUCCCAGAUGUGACUGAAGCUGAUGCUGCAGACUCGUCCGUCUCUGUUUCUGCACCGAAGAUCUCCAUCCCUGCGUCUGCACAUCACUACUGCUUCUCCCUGGACCUGCGCAGCAUCCGAGACCUCAGGACCAGCUUCCCCAUCAACUGCGUCCUCCGAUACGCUUACCAGUUCUUCGGCAGCGCGGCUCCCAUCAUGACGAGUCCAGCGGUGGAGGUGAAGAAGAACACGGAGGUGUUUCUGCCGCAGUCGUACUGCGCCUUUGAUUUCGCCGCUUUACCCAAUCAGCUUCAGGACACUUUCCUCAGGGUUCCUCUGACGGUGGAGAUGUGGCACAGAGAGCCCAGCUCUCCAGAUGUUCUGCUGGGUUCUGUCAGCAUUCAGCUUUCCCGUCUCCUCGGCUCCGAGAAAACACGCUUCCUCGACCCAUCCGGUCAUCAGCACUGGAGACAGAGCUGUUCUGAGAGGAUCCCCAUCAUGAAAGCAGACGGGUCUGAGAAGUUGGCUGAACUCUGUUAUGCGAGCGUUCUUGAAGAUCUGGGGUUUGUGAAAGCUCAAGACGUCCUCGUCUCUGAAUCGUCACAGGGGCUGCCGGCAGCUCUGGCUCCUCCCCCUCAGGGCCCCGGGGGGGCGGAGCCUCUCACUCGACCUCGAGAGACCCCGGAGUACAAGGCAGCGCUGGAGCUGGAGAUGUGGAAGGAGAUGCAGGAGGAUCUGUUUGAUAAUCAGCUGAAGCAGAAGGAGUUGAGUCACAUGCAGGCGCUGGCGGAGGAGUGGAGGAAGAGAGAUCACCAGCGGGAGGCGCUCAUCAAGAAGAAGGAGAUGGAGUAUAGUCUCCUGGAGGAGCAGCUGCAGAAGACUCUGUCUGAUCUGGAGAAGAGAGAGAAAGCUCUGGCUCACGCUGAGAUGGAGACGCAGAGGCUGCAGCGAGAGCUCCGCUCCGAGCACGAGUUCAGCAUGCGAGAGCUGCAAGACAGCGGCCGGCGUCUGCGUGAGGACUGCGCUCACCAGGUGGAGCUGGAGAGAUCAAAGGUCAGGCAGCUCGAGGAUCUACUGGCUCAGCAGCGACAGCAGAUACAAGAGGCUGAGAACAAAUGCAAGCAGCUGGAGAAGGAGUUCGAGCUGUACCGGGAUCAGCAGAACGUCCGGCCCGAGGUCCGUCUGCAGUCAGAGAUCAACCUGCUGACCCUGGAGAAGGUGGAGCUGGAGCGUAAACUGGAGUCUGCUACUAAAUCUAAACUGCAUUACAAGCAGCAGUGGGGACGAGCCCUGAAGGAGCUAGCCAGGUUUAAACAGGUAAGACUAACAGGUUAACUAUCUAAACACACUGCACCGUCACGGCUGUAAAUGAUAAGUUUAAUCUCUCAGAGCGGAUCAGAAUAUUUUGUGCAUGAGUCAGUCUCAUGAAAAUGUGUCCCCAAAUCUCACCCCAAAAAAUAUUGUUUGCAUAAAGAAAAUGAAGCCUGAUAUACGGAUCAUUAAGACAUGUACUCCAGAGUCUCAUGACUAUAUAA